AAAGUAAGGAAUAAUAAGGACUUCGUAUGCAUUGACGUACGUCACGCAUUCGUUAGACAUCUGCUGGACACGGUUGCAGCAUGGAUACCAAGACUCUUCCGAGCCUCUUGAGCCUGAAGGUGGCUCCGCCGUCAGAGCUGCAGAAUCCGAAUGUCGACAACGGAGUCGGGGACGGCGAUGGCGGCUCCGUUAAGCUGCCGGCCGCUUUGGAGCAGGCCCUGGCGUUCAAAACUGAGCGAGCCAAGGAAGUGGGCGGCGACCCGAACGACGUCGUUUCCGUAAGUAAAUCGCCGAAGGACGACGGCGAGGACAUGUCUCAGUUGGAGGACGUCAUAGCGGAACCAGAGCCGGCGGCGGAGAAAGUGGAGUCCAAGUUGGGCAAGACAAAGAAGAAGAAAAAGUCAAAGAGGAGGAGGCACAAUGCGGAGAGGAAGGAGUCUGAACAGAAGAAGGACGCGGAGGAGGCCAAGACCAAGAAGGACAUGCCGGAGAUAGAGUACAUACAGGAGAUACCGAGCAUAAACGACUUGGAGCCCAUGUACCGCCAGUUCGUCAGGGUCUUCGAGGCGUUCAAGCUGGUGGAGCCGGACCCGAGUCCGAACGACGCGGCGGACAAGGGGGAGCCCAUCGGGCAGUAUCCGCCGGUGACGAAUGUACAAACCACCGGCACCGGGAUACCGAGCAAGGUGCCGCUGCUGGACGACUUUGACGACGAUGCGAAUCAGCAGCAGCAGCAACAGGGCACCGGGGAGAACGGUGCGCCGCGUCUGUCCAAGCGCAAGCUCAAGAGGCUGACGCGGCUGAGCGUGGCGGAGCUCAAGCAACUGGUGGGCCGCCCGGACGUCGUGGAGAUGCACGACGUUACCGCGCGGGACCCGAAGCUCCUCGUGCAAUUGAAGGCUCACCGUAACACGGUGCCGGUGCCGAGGCAUUGGUGCUUCAAGCGCAAGUAUCUUCAAGGCAAACGCGGCAUAGAGAAGCCGCCCUUCGAUCUGCCGGACUUCAUCAAGCGCACCGGCAUCACGGAGAUGAGGGCGAGCUUGCAGGAGCGCGACGACACGCGCACGCUCAAGGCGAAGAUGCGGGAGCGAGCGCGGCCGAAGCUGGGCAAGAUCGACAUCGACUAUCAGAAGCUGCACGACGCGUUCUUCAAGUGGCAGACGAAGCCGCGCAUGACGAUCCACGGCGACCUCUAUUACGAGGGCAAGGAGUUCGAGACGCGGCUGAAGGAGAAGAAACCCGGCGAGCUGUCGGACGAGCUGCGCACGGCCCUGGGCAUGCCGGUGGGGCCCAAUUGCCAGAAAGUACCGCCACCCUGGCUCAUAGCUAUGCAACGCUACGGGCCGCCGCCUAGUUAUCCAAAUCUCAAGAUACCCGGCUUGAACGCGCCCAUCCCAGAGGGCUGCGCGUUCGGCUAUCACGCGGGCGGAUGGGGAAAGCCGCCGGUGGACGAGACGGGAAGGCCACUGUACGGGGAUGUGUUCGGGAUAUCGCGCACGUCCGGCGCGGACGCGAUGGACGAGGAGAUCGACCGGGGGAUGUGGGGCGAGCCCGAGUCGGAGUCGUCGGGCGACGAGGACGAGGACGAGGACGCCGAGGAGGGCGGCGAGGGUGGCGAGAGUGAAGGAAAGGACGGGGACGGCGACGCCAGCGGGCUGGUCACGCCCGGCGCCGAGGGCCUCAUCACGCCGAGCGGCAUCACGUCGAUCCCGGCAGGCUUGGAGACUCCGGAGACCAUCGAGCUGAGGAAGAAGAAGAUCGAGAGCGAGAUGGAGGGCGGUGACACGCCCGCGCUUUACACGGUGCUGCAGGAGCGACGCACGGAGGGUCUGGGCGCCAGUAUGAUGGGCAGCACCCACGUGUACGAUAUGACCGGUGCGGCGGGCGGCCAGGCGCCGCCGUCCGUCAUCGCCGCGCGUCGCGGCGCCAUCAGCGGCAGCGCGAGCGACGCUCGAGCCGAGAAGGACGGCGCGGUGGAAUUGACGCUGGAUCCCAGCGAGUUGGACCUCGACUCCGAGGCGAUGGCGUCCAGAUACGAGGAGACGAUGAGGUCGAGGCAGGCGCAUCUCAGGAGAGAAGACUUGUCCGACAUGCUGCAGGAUCACGUACAACGACAGAAGAGCAAACGCAAACGCCAGCAAAUCCAGGAUACAAAGACAUCUAAGAAAUAUAAAGAGUUCAAAUUUUAAAUAUAUUAUUUCUUCAAUUAUAUGUACUGUAUAGUAAUCUAUAGGAAUUAAAUUCUUUCGGAUAGUAUGUGAAAAUACAAUUUUAGGCUUAACACUUUAACAAUUAAAAUCACUUUAACCAUGAGGCGGUUAUUACUUUUUGAAACUGUCACCUGUUGUGCGUCAUUUUUACACGUCGCGUAAGUGAUUAAUAGAAAAGUCGAAUCAACUGUACAUAUUGGUAGCGAUAAGUUCAUGAUAAUGCACUGCGAUAUAUCUUCCAAUAAAUAUAAUUGUCUAUUUUUAUGUAAUACAAACAGAUUACAAAGAGAA